CAUCAGAGCGGCAUGUACGGACUGCAUCACGGCGUGCACCACUUCAACGCCUUCGACAACAUCACCAGUUUGCCCAACCUGCUGCGCCAACACGGCGUCUACACCGGUAUAAUCGGGAAGAAGCACGUGGGCCCCGACGACGUGUUCCGCUUUGACUACGAGCAAACGGAGCGCAACAACCACAUUGACCAGGUGGGGCGCAACAUAACGCACAUGAAGCUGCUCGCCCGGGAGUUCCUUGCUAACGCCAACCGCGACAAUAAGUCAUUUUUCCUGUACGUGGGUUUCCACGACCCGCACCGGUGCGGGCACAGCGAGCCGCAGUACGGCGCCUUCUGCGAGCGCUUCGGAUCGGGGGAGCCCGGCAUGGGCACCAUCCCCGACUGGGCGCCCUGGUACUACCAGUGGGACGAGGUGCAGCUGCCCUACCACGUGCAGGACACUGAAGCUGCGCGGAGGGACAUCGCCGCCCAGUACACUACCAUGUCGCGCUUGGAUCAAGGCGUGGGGCUGAUCCUAAAGGAGCUGGAGGCGGCGGGCCACAAGGAC